UCUACAUAAAGUUAGCACAACGCCCAGAAGCCGACCUCUCAUCUCUUUGGGCUGUGAAUUAGGGUUAGAGUUAGGGGUUUGGAGAAAGAAAAAUGGGAGUCUUCACAUUCGUCUGCCGGAGCUCCGGCAAGGAGUGGACCGCGAAGCAGAUGAACGGCGAUCUCGAAGAGUCCGCGGCCUCCACUUACGAUCUGCAGAGGAAGUGCGUUCAGUCUGCUCUCUCCGCCGACUCCUCCGGCGGAGUUCAGUCAUCUUUCUCCUACGUCACUCCUUCCUCUGGCGUUUUCCAGGUGAUUGUUGGUGCGGUGGAGGCGGCGGCUUCUUUGGUGGUGGUGGAGCUGCUGCAGCAGCACCUUCUGGGGGAGGGGCACCGGCAGCUGAUGCACCUCCAGCUGAGGAGAAAAAGGAAGAGAAGGAAGAGAGUGAUGACGAUAUGGGAUUCUCACUCUUUGAUUAGUGCAACUUUAUAUACCCAAGUUUUUAUUUUAUGGCCUAAUAUUUCCAGAACUUUCUGCAUUUGGGUUUUCCAGGUAGGUUAAUGCUGAGUUUGGUCAAAAGAAUUUUUGUUGAACAUCUCACAACUUUUGAGUUUCUAGUGUGAUCCUCCUAUAUGUUGAAAUUUGAAAUUCUCCUUGAUUUGAUGAUGAAUGAUGUCCCUAGUAAGAAUGGGGCAAUUGGAACUC